AUGUCGGCUCCAGGGAUCGGAAACCUGAGCACGCUCAUCAAAAGGCUGGAAGCAGCGACUUCUCGCCUCGAAGACAUUGCUCUCCAUCAGUCGUCGGGGUCCUCCGUCUCCUCGUCGCAAAGGGAGCUUCCAUCCGCUGCGUCCGCACCGACAGCUGGAUCCGUUCCGCCUCCACCGCCUCCUCCGCCCGCUGCCGCCGAGCCGCCCAAGGAUGACCCGCCGGCGGUCAAGGCAUACGACCAAGAGGUGGGAGAGGCUCUGGACGAGUUCAAGCAGCUCAGCGCCAAAAUCGGGGGCGUGGUUCAGGAGCAGGCGGCUGCCGUCUCCAAGACCUUCCAGGCGCAGCGUGACCUCAUCUUGCUCGCUGCGUCCAGUCAGAAGCCAGCUGGAGGUGCUAGCUCGCCUGCGUUCGCCGAGUUGCUCAAGCCGCUCCAGGCUGCACUCACCCAGGUGAUCGAGACGCGCGACAAGAAUCGUGGCGACAAGCAACACUUCAACCAUCUCAGCACCGUCAGCGAAGGUAUCCCCGCCGUGGGAUGGGUGGCUGUCGAGCCAAAGCCAGGUCCUUAUGUUGGAGAAAUGAAGGACAGCGCUCAGUUCUACGCCAACCGUGUCAUCAAAGAUUUCAAGGACACGGACAAGACUCACGUAGAGUGGACGCGCUCCUUCAUCAAGCUUUUGGAAGUGCUCAAGACCUACGUGCUCAAGACCCACACCACUGGACUGGCUUGGAAUCCCAAGGGAGGUGACGCUGCCUCAUUCAAGGUAUCGUCCACCGCGGCGCCCUCGGCAGUUUCGGGAGGUGCGCCUCCACCGCCGCCACCUCCGCCUCCUGCUGCGGAUGUGUCGGCUGGAGUUGCAGCGGGAGGUGCAGCCGCUGGCGGUAUGGAUGCGGUGUUCGGGCAACUGAAUCAGGGCGAAAACAUCACCAGGGGCCUCAAAAAGGUCGACGCGAGCCAGAUGACGCACAAGAAUCCAGAACUGCGAGGAUCAGGCGCGCCGCCACCGAGCAGCAAAGCCGCGCCACCCAAGCUUGCCGCCAAACCGGCGCAGCUGAAAGCAAAGAAACCACCCAAGACGCAGCUGGACGGCAACAAGUGGGCUGUGGAGUACCACGAGGACAACCGCUCGAUUGUGAUUGAUCAAACCGAGCUGAACCAGACGGUCAACAUCUUCAACUGCAAGAACAGCAUCAUUCAGAUCAAGGGCAAGAUCAACGCGGUGCAGAUGACCAACUGCACCAAAUGCUCGAUCCUCGUCGAUACGCUCGUCUCGUCGUUGGAGGUAACGGGCUCGCCGUCGUUCGCAGUGCAAAUCACAGGACGUGCUCCCACCAUCCUGCUGGAUUCGUGCGACAGCGGGCAGAUCUACCUCUCGAACAAGUCGUUGGACUCGGAGAUCAUCGCAGCCAAGUGCAGCGCCAUCAACGUCAGCUUGCCCGUGGCUGGUGGCGAGGAGGGUGAGUACCAAGAGUAUGCAUUGCCCGAACAGCUCAAGCACACCGUCGACAACCUCGACCCGAAAGCAAAGAGUCGCAUCAAGACCGAGGUGGUCGCUCACACGGGUUAA